AUGCACGAAUCUCUCAUGCUCUUCGACUCCAUCUGUAACAACAAAUUCUUCAUUGAUACCUCCAUCAUUCUCUUCCUCAACAAGAAAGACCUAUUUGCUGAGAAGAUCAAGAAAUCACCUCUGACCAUCUGCUUCCCUGAAUACACAGGUCCCAACACCUACGAGGACGCGGCCGCCUAUAUCCAAGCACAGUUUGAAAGCAAAAACCGCUCCCCCAACAAGGAGAUUUACUGCCACAUGACGUGUGCCACAGACACGAACAACAUCCAGGUGGUAUUUGACGCUGUCACCGACAUCAUCAUUGCCAACAACCUGCGGGGCUGCGGCUUGUACUGA